CUUUGUCUUUGGUUGGAAAUUAUCAUCGCACCUCUUUGCUCGAUGUCGUUGCUAUGGCAACGCGUUGUCAACAAAAGCGCGGGAUCGUUGCGAAGUAAACAAGUAAAUUGAAGAAAAUAAAAUAAAUAUGAUCCUAUCAAGAUCAAAGCCAGCUACGGAGACCCGUACAAACACAAGCAGUAGUUCAGCUAAGAAAAGCUUCCCAGAAUUGGAGGACUUUCUGCUGAAGAGGGAUUAUGUCGGCGCACUCACUAUGCUUGAGUUCCUCAAACACGAGGGCAACGCAGAAGUGUGGCCGGACGUGUGGAGUGCGUGGUGUUGGUUCCACCUGGGCGAGUACCGCCGCGCUCUGGACGUCUAUCUACGCGUGCGCACGCGGGACAAUCUAGAUGCGCGCGUCUCCGACUACAUAGCUAUGGAUGUGGCUGUUUGCUAUUUUUAUUUAGGUAUGUACCAGGAAUCACAAGAAGCUGUGGAGGAAGCACCGAAAUGUUCGUUGAAGACUCGCCUCCUUUUCCACCUGGCACACAAGCUUGGUGACGAGGAGUCUCUGAUGAAAGCCCAUGCGACAUUACGAGAUGUGCCUGAAGACCAGCUGUGCCUGGCCUCAGUCCACUACUUGAGGGCACAUUAUCAGGAGGCCAUUGAUGUGUAUAAAAAGCUCUUGCUGGAUAGACGCUCGUACAUGGCUCUAAACGUGUACGUGGCCCUCUGCUACUACAAGCUGGAUUACUACGACGUGUCUCAAGAGGUGCUCGGGGUCUACCUCGCUCAGCAUCCUACCUCCACCGUCGCGGGGAACUUGAAGGCGUGUAAUCUGUUUAGACUGUACAACGGUAAGGCAGCCGAGAAUGAACUGAAACAGAUGACGUCAGACCAGCACACUUUCGGCCAAGAUCUAGUCAAGCAUAACCUGGUUGUGUUUAGGAAUGGCGAAGGAGCGUUAAAGGUUUUACCAGAGCUAGUAGACGUGGUGCCGGAAGCUCGUCUAAAUCUAGCAGGCUAUAGACUUCGGAACAGGGAGCCGAUAGAAGCCAGGACUCUGCUGGAACCGCUGCAGCCCACCUCGCCGCUACACUACAUCCUCAGAGCCGUGGUCGCCGUGAAGCUGUAUAAUGAUACUGGAGAUGACGAACAGCUAAAACUGGCUCAACAGAGCUUCCACUUGGUGGGCAGUUCAGCAUCAGAAUGUGACACGAUCCCUGGUCGUCAAUGCAUGGCCUCCUCCUACUUCCUGGCGGGUCAUUAUGAGGAAGUUCUAGUUUACCUAAACUCCAUCAAGAGCUUCUUUGUCAAUGAUGAUACCUUCAACUUCAACUACGCACAGGCUAAAGUAGCAACCGGUUUCUAUCGUGAAGCUGAAGAGAGUCUGCUUUCAAUACAAGACGAGGGCAUCCGCAACUCCUUCACGUUCCUCGCGUGUCUCUGCCGCUGCCACGUCAUGAACAAGGACGCUGCUCUCGCAUGGGAUAUUUGUGUCAAGUCGGCGGGCACUCCCGACAGCUUCGCGUUGUUGCAACUGGUUGCUAACGACAGCUACCGCAUGGGACAGUUUCUAGUCGCCGCCAAAGCCUUCCACAUGCUUGACAGGUUGGACGGAGGUCCAGAGAUGUGGGAAGGACUUCGCGGAGCAGUCUGUGGCUGCGCUCAGGCCGCCGCGGCCAACAGGCCUAAUGCUGCAGCUGAGCUCAGGGAUGCCCUAGCCUUACUCAAGGGUCCAAGGUCACAUACCCGUGCAGACAACAUAGUCAGGACCAUCACAAAAUGGGCACAACAAAACAGGAUCCCUGUCUGACCGGAAACCAAGACUUGCAAAGUAUCGUAGAAGCCUUUGCGUAGUAUUUAGAACCCAAUAAUAUGUAAUAAGGAAGUAGCUUGGGUACGUGCGAUAAUUCACAAUCUCUUUUGUAAAAUAAAGCUAAAUAAAUGAAUAGUUUUACUAAGCUAUAUUGACUAGUUCAAUAAAUUAUUUAAACUGUUUAAUAACUGGUUUCUUUACGGAGU